AUGAGAGUUUCUGCUGAUUUGUUGUGGAAGCCAGAUCUAAUGAUUGAAGAGAUGAUAGAGAAGGACAAGGCUGUUCCAAAUCCCUUCAUCACCAUUCACUCGAACGGUCUCGUUGAACAUGUGAGGGACCUUAUGGUGAUCAGCAUGUGCAAGAUGCAAAUUUACAAAUUUCCUUUUGAUAUUCAGAACUGCACCUUGUCUCUCAAGUCUAUCGUUUACCCAGUGGAGGAGUUGGAGUUUGAAGCCUUAGAAAACAGUACAGUGAUAACGGAAUGGACUUGCCAAAUGAUGAGGAACCAGUUUGAGUGGCUGUUCAUCGACAUGGCAGUCAAUCCCCAAUCUGUCCCACAUUUUUAUCAAAACCAAAGCGUUCUAAUUUAUACUGUAAAUUCACUGUUUUUCCAUCUUGGAUCACAGAUCAGGAUGAAGAGGCGUUCUGCCCUCUACAUCGCCAACUUCUUAGUGCCUAUCCUGUUCUUCUUCUGUCUGGACUUGGCCUCCUUCCUGAUCUCAGACUACGGGGGCGAGAAGCUCAGCUUCAAGGUCACUGUGCUGCUCGCUGUCACUGUGAUGCAGCUUAUUCUCAACGAGAUUCUGCCUUCCUCUUCAGACAGGAUACCGCUUAUAGCGGUGUACUGCAUUGGGAUGUUUGGUUUGAUAAUGGUCAGCCUUCUGGAGACGAUUUUGGUGAUGUAUCUGAUUGAGAAAGACUCUGCAUCUAAAGAAAAAAAGGCAGAUAACAACCGCAGCCUGAGUGAGGACUGUGGAGACAAACAGGGCAACUAUGAUGGAGAUGUGAAGAAAUGGACUCACUGUGCUUGUCUGUGUAAUGUGUCUGAUGAACCACCAUCUGAACUGCUGUCUGUGGCCAAAGAGGUGAGAAUUGGGUUACUCUUAAAACAAACAGACAAAAGAAGCCAACUAAUGGAGGAUUCCAAUUCCUUGGAGAAGCUCCCAGAUGAGCUGAGUGAGGCGGUGAAAACUCUCUCUCUGCUCCUCAGCAGGAAGGAAGAAAGGAAGCCCGACUACUGGACCAAAGUGGCCAAAAAAUUGGACAUCAUUUUUUUUUCCGUUUAUGUCACAGUGUCCGCUGUGUUUUUGGUUGUCAUCUUUUCAGUAUGGAACAAUGCAAAAGACGAGUAG